CAUUCCAUGAGACUCCACGAGAGGUGUGGAGAGCCAGACAGCACCCAGCACGGGGAGUGCUGAGACACGGGAGCGGAGAGCACAAACACUGGGAGAAGACACGACACGGGAGUCUGGGGAAAGCACGGGGAUUUAUUGUUGUUGUUUCCAUCACUGUAAAUAAACGCACUGUUCGCACACAGAGCACCGCGCCUGGGUCCUCCUUCCUCACACCCCCCACGGUCUGCCAGCCAGACCGUGACAGAAUGAUCCCGCCAGACAUGGACCCAGCGGUCUCUGAGGAGAGGCUCAGGAGGGAGGUUAUGGACAGAGUUUAUAGACUUUGUGAGCUAUGGUGGGAGAAGCCCGCGGAAGAGUUGCGUCGCGCCGUGGAGAGACGGCUGCAGGAGACGCUUUUUAAGUUUCCCUGGCUGAUGGACUCCCUCAAUGCAGUCGUCCUGGAUUUCCUGCUCUCAACCCUCCACCUCCACUCUCCUACUCAGGCUGCUCACCGGCUCGGACAGCUGGUGGAUUCUCAGCCUGAGACGCCGACCCCGACGUCUACAUGGACACGACGUUCGCGCCGCCGGCGUUCCUCACCGCAGCCAAAUUUCCGGACGUCUCAAGAGCCGGCUGUGGUGAGUAAUUCGGACACUUUUUCAUUUCCCUCACCAUCUGUUUUUGUGUCUGCAGUAGACGAUGACGCCGCUGACGCUGCCGUAAGCCAGCCGACGGCGCAGGUAACAUCACCUCGGUCAGGGGUCUCCACACCACUCGCUGCUUCACCAUCUGCAGCUGUAGCACCGCCGUCGUCUCAUCUGCCUGCAGCCACCAUUCUGCCAUCUUCUCCACCACCUGCUGCUACGUCGCCACCCGGACCUGCCCUGCCCGAGCAGGGGCUCGGAGAGCGGGAGGAGCCCGCACCGCCAGCGCCGCUGCUGGAGGACCUCGACGAGCCGGAGGGACCGGCAUUGCCAGCAGAGGGGCUCGGCGAGCCGGAGGAGCUCGCGCUGCCCGAGCAGGAGCUCAGCGAGCCGGAGGAGCUCGCGCCGCCAGCUGGGGAGCCAGCACCGCCACCUUAUACUCCACCUGCAGCUACCGCAUCACCAUCUUCGCCUCCGGAUCAACCGUCUGUAGCCACACCGCAGCCGGAGGAGCAGCUCGGCGAGCCGGAGGAGCAGCUCGGCGAGCCGGAGGAGCCUGCGCUGCCAGCCAAGGAGCCGGAGCAGGAGCUCGGCGAGCCGGAGGAGCUCGCGUUGCCAGCAGAGGAGCUCGGCGAGCCGGAGGAGCCUGUGCUGCCAGCCAAGGAGCCGGAGGAGCUCGCGUCACCAGCUGAGGAGCUCGGCGAGCCGGAGGGGCUCGCGUCGCCAGCAGAGGAGCUCGGCGAGCCGGAGGGGCUCGGCGAGCCGGAGGGGCUCGCGUCGCCAGCUGAGGAGCUCGGCGAGCGGGAGGGGCUCGCGUCGCCAGCAGAGGAGCUCGGCGAGCGGGAGGGGCUCGCGUUGCCAGCAGAGGAGCUCGACGAGCCGGAGGGACCGGUGUUGCAAGCAGGGGAGCUCGGCCAGCGGGAGGAGCCCGUGAUGCCAGCGGAAGACCUCAGGAAGCCGGAGGGACCUCCACGUCUAGCGCGCCCUCCACGCCAUCCACGUCUAGCGCGCCCUCCACGCCAUCCACGCCUCAGCGCGCCCACGCCAUCCACGUCCAGCGCGUCCACGUCGGCGACCAGCGCUUCAUAG